GUCAACAAAUGCACGUGUUUUGGCGGGUUACACUGACAGUGAUCGCGCGUCGGUUUACAGAUCAUGUAGACAUUUUCCAGUGUUGCCCAUUGGUCCACCGUGUACAGUUGUUCACGAUGAGUGGUAAAAGACCACAACUGUCCGAUGGUGAAGUUGUCACAAAACGACAAAGACCACCAAAUCUGGAGGAUGUACAAAUAAAUCCCAAAGUGAAAAAUCUGAAAUCAACAUUUAAAGAUGCCUUUAGCCUGAAGCAGUCUCUGACAGAUGAUGACAGUGGGUGUUGUAUGAACCAGUUGCCCUUCACACACUGUUUACUGCCAGACUUCAUCCAAGAAACCAGCUUCCUGGAAGAUCUGGAAGCUGAACUUCUGGCUGUGCCUUUUGCAGAAAAAAACAAUGACUUGUAUAAAUUCAAACAGAGUUCAGAUCUGAAGAAGACAUCUUCCCCAAGCAUAGCACGUCUCAAAAAACUAUUGUAUGAAGAUUUCCAUGGAUGGCUAGGAGAGGUCACAGAUAUUCCACUGACGUCAAAUGUGGACCUAUUCUGUUCUCAGUAUAAAUACACGGAUGUGUUGUUGUGUCACGAUGACGAGUUGGAGGGGCGGAGGAUUGCCUUCAUCUUUUACCUGGUUCCUGAAAGCUGGGGGGAAGCUGAUGGCGGCAUGCUUGACCUCUUCGACAUGGAUGAGCAUGGACAACCAAACACGGUUGUGAAGUCUGUUUGCCCCCAGAGAAACUGUCUCGUUUUCUUUGAGGUGACAGAGGCAUCAUUUCAUCAGGUAGCUGAGAUUCUCUCAGAGAGCAAGUGCCGACUCUCUGUAAGUGGCUGGUACCAUGGUCCUGGUAUACCCAGAUCUAAACCCUACGUGGAAACCCUACCUCCUCUUAUCACACCAAACAAUAUAGAUGAGGAUGACCUAUACAGCUGGAUCAACCCAAUCUACCUCAACCCGGAAAUUCAGGCCGAUAUAAAGGAGAAGUUUGAGAAUGAUUCGGAGAUUGAACUAAAGGACUUUCUCCAGGAUGACAAGUACAAGAUGGUUCUGCAGGCUAUGAGUGAUGUGGGUGUGUCCUGGUCCACACAGGGGCCUCCCAACAAAAGAAACUAUGAUGCAUGCAACGAUGGGGAUAGGCCAGAGGUCCUUUCAAAGUGUGUCAACUUCCUUCAGUCCGAUGCCAUGUUCCUUAUUCUCUCCAACCUGACAGGACUCAAACUUCAUGAGUUGGCGCCAUCGUCCGAUGAUGAGGAAGAGGCAGCAGACACCGCCAACGGAACAGCCAAUCAGAGUAAAGAGUUUGGGGGCAACCCUCAGUGCCGGAGUGUGGUACGGCAGUGGCGGCAUGGCAGCUACACCCUCAUUCAUGACACAGACAGCGAGGGCUCCGAGUACGCCCUUGACGCCUUCAUGUAUUUCGGAUGUCCAGACUGGGAUUCUGACAACGGUGGCUACACAACUUACAUAGCUAAGGGAGAAGAUGAAGAGCUGCUGACUGUGUGCCCGUCGGACAACUCACUGGCACUUGUGUACAGAGACAAGGAAACUCUCCGAUUUGUGAAACAAGUCAACCAUACCAUCAACAGGACAUCCGACACCAAGUUUUUCGACAUUGCUACUGUGUACUACGAAUGAGAUGAACAGAGACAGAAUAUGUUCGCGAUCUUGUUGCAGGAACCCACGCCAUAAAAAAUUACCAGUUCACCAUGGGCAUAUGUACGAUUUGAAUUGUGGAUUUAAAUAUAAUUAUUUGAAAAAUAUGAAACUGGCAUUCAGAAAUAUGUACAUUUCUUUUGUACACAUUAUGUUUUUGUGACACAAGAGAUAUGUUAACUUAAUGGUAUUUUAGUCUUUUGGAUCAGUCAACUCGCCAACAGAACAGUUAACAAAUACAUAUGUAUUUUAUUUUUGCAUGCAUUUAUUUAAGUGAUAUUAAUCAUAUACAUUUUGAUAUGACAAUAAAUCUACAAAAUGACACUGUAAAUGCAUGCGCAUGCCUGAAAAUCUUUAAACAUACAAGUUUGAUUUUAUAAUGUAUGUGUGUGGUCCAUAUUAUUCAUUAACUGGGGCGGAGGGGAAGCCCAGUGGUUAAAGCGUCUGCUGAAGACCCUGGUUCAAUUCCCCACAUGGGUACAAUGCAUGAAGCUCAUUCCCCCAACCGUGAUAUUGCUCGAAUAUUGCUAAAAGCAGCGUAAAACUCACUCAUACACACAUAUACAUUGACUCUCUUUAUAUCCUUUGUAUGGUAUAGCAGAGUCACUGAAGCCUACUUAUAAAAUUACCACACCUGCAUGCAAGCACGCACGCAUGCAC